UCCGGGCCGACGGAGGAGAGGAAGUUCUCGCGGGAGUAUAGCAGAGGAGCGGAAGCGAGGAGGCUCUGGUGCUGCGGCUACCGGGCGGCGGCGGGCGCUGCUCUGUGGGGAGCGGCGGGAUCUCGGCAGCCGCUCGCUGCGGGUGGACGGGCCAAAGGGGCGGAGAGCGGGAGCUCGGCGCCACUGGCAGAAUCUUACAUCUCCUCUACAGGCAGUUCCAACGAAUCAGAUCUCAGGGAGGGAGGAGAGUCUGAGCCCAGAGAGUCGGGCUGCUGCAGCAGGGACAUCUCCAUUCCCCCCUGCCCCAAGUUGCUGAGUAUUUAGCAGUUCUCAGCAUGGAAGCCAUUGCCAAAUACGACUUCAAAGCCACUGCAGAUGAUGAGUUGAGCUUCAAAAGGGGUGACAUCCUCAAGGUGUUGAAUGAAGAAUGUGAUCAAAAUUGGUAUAAGGCAGAACUCAAUGGAAAAGAUGGCUUUAUUCCCAAGAACUACAUAGAAAUGAAACCACAUCCGUGGUUUUUUGGCAAAAUCCCCAGAGCAAAGGCAGAAGAAAUGCUUGGCAAACAGCGACAUGAUGGUGCCUUUCUUAUCCGGGAGAGUGAGAGUGCACCUGGGGACUUCUCCCUCUCUGUCAAGUUUGGAAAUGAUGUGCAGCAUUUCAAGGUGCUCCGAGAUGGGGCUGGAAAGUAUUUUCUUUGGGUGGUAAAGUUCAAUUCUUUAAAUGAGCUGGUAGAUUAUCACAGAUCCACCUCGGUUUCCAGAAACCAGCAAAUAUUCUUGCGGGACAUAGAACAGGUGCCACAGCAACCAACUUACGUCCAGGCCCUCUUUGACUUUGACCCCCAAGAAGAUGGAGAGCUGGGCUUCCGUCGGGGAGAUUUCAUACAGGUCCUCGAUAACUCAGACCCCAACUGGUGGAAAGGAGCCUGCCAUGGGCAGACCGGCAUGUUUCCACGUAACUACGUCACCCCAGUGAACCGGAACAUCUAAGAAUCAAUAAGAAAUUAUUUAAGGAAACAUGAAAAUUUUAAAACAUACACACAUACAAAAGUAAAAUCCACAUGCUGCAUCUAACAGCAGCCGGUGAGGGAGCUCUGAGCAUCUGGCCAUAACACCUGUGUCACCGUAGGGUGACCCUCUCUUACUCUGGAUGGAACUUUGGUGAGGGAGGGGUGGAAAAGGGAGUUGGAUAUAAAAUGCCAAAACUUACCUUUAAAUUAAGAAAAGAUCAUUUUUAUUACAGAUUUUCACAGGUGUUCCUAUUUCCCUUCCUUUAUCCCUUUUCCCCCCCAUUCUUUCUCUUCUGUCCAUCAGUGCAUGACAUUAAACGACACACCUAAUCUUAACUGAUGCAGAUAAUAAAAGAUAAGAAAUCAUGUGGACUGGUAUUUUCUCUAUGCAAAAUGUCUGUUUUAGAUAGAAUGAUCAACUUGAAAGAAUAUACUUUAUUGUCCUUUUCUUACAAAAAAGAGAGGACUCAUGAAAUGUUCAGAAUUCAGAUCUUUUUGCUCUGAGAAAGUAUUUGUGGGUUUGGGUAAACCUUGUAUUUGUCGGCCUGGGAGCAAAGUAGAGUGAAUGGAAGAUAUUUUGUCAAUACAUGGGCCAUCUUACAAAAUUCUAAAUAGUAGAAGCUUGGGUUUUGUUUUUGGUUUUUUUCCCACCAUGUUCUUUUCUAAAUGGUGUGUUGUUGAACAUUUUUUUAUAGUGCCUUUUCCAUUAUUUUCAGGGGGUUUUUUGUUGUUGUUGUAAUUUUUAAGUUAAAGACAGUCCAGAACUUUUCAGCCAAUUUGUCUCCUCUUAUAUGUAUAAUUUUAUAUUUGUCAGGGAGGGGGACGGGGAGUCAAACAGGGAGAAGUUCUAAGUUCUUAUUUGUCUCUUUGAAGCCAGAAGUCUUUAAGGAUUAAGCUUUAAUAUUGGUAAGCAAAUACAUAUUUCUAGAGGUAAUGCAUGCAGGACCUAGAGAUGCUGCCAAUAGCAGUGCAGUAUGGUAGACACCCCGUGGAAGAAGGAACAAGUUGUGGCCUUUCCUGUAUUUGAUUCAAUCUGGUAAAAAGAAAGCUAAAGGUCUCAGGUGAUCUCUGGUUCCCUCUUGACUGGUGGGAGACAGUAAUUCUCACAUGUACCUCCCUAUGGCCAGAAAAUGUCCAACUGCAAGAAAACCAAAAGAGAGAAAUAGUUGAACUUUAAACUGUCAUUCUUGAAUCUUAAAACAUAAUCCUGUAUUCCUACACUGGUGUAGGAAUGUGACUAUUUAUAUUGUCUUGCUCUUAAAAAUAGGGGUAUCUGCUUGGAAUGUUGAUGCGUGUGCGUGUGUGUGUGUGUGUGUGUGUGUGUGUGUGUGUGUGUGUGUGUGUGUGUGUGUGUGUUUCCUGACCUGCUUAAUGGAGCAUUCAAGAAGCAAGGGACUAGUAUCUUCAUUUCCUAGUUAACAGCAGGCUGUUUAUGGCUAGUCCUUCCCACCCCAUCCCUGACUGCCCCUACAAAAUUUCUGAAGCAGAAAGAAUAUUUAGGGGAAGUGACUUUUAACUGAAGGGAGACUAGUUUAACAGCAAUGCCCUUAGUGCCAGUCUUUGAUUACUUUUUUGUUUUUCCAGUGACCAUAUUAUUUUUAUGCCCCAUCCCCUUAAAAUAAACAAGACCUCCUUCAUUUUUUCCACGAGUGUCUUUUUGGUUUUUCUGAAACUUUCUUUGGGCACUUAUAGAGAUGGAUGCUGCCUUUGACAUUCUGAUUCACCAAGAGGUAAGCAACUCUUCAAUCUGAGCAUUCCUUGUGUUCAUCCUCUUGCUGUUGGUUCUAUUUCUUCUUCCAUCAGUAAUGAUAAAAGGAAACUAUGGCAUUCGACACCUGGACCAUUUGAUUGUUUAUUUUGGAAUUGGUGUAUAUCACGAAGCCUUGCUGAACUGUUUUGUGUAUAUAUAAAAAAAAAUGAAAUCAGUGUUUAAAUAAAAAGACCUAUGUACUUAAUCCUUUAACUCUGCAACAGCAUUUGGUAGGUAGUAAUUAACUGUGAAUAAUAAACAUACGAUGUAUUCUUCA